AUCUCAUCCAAUGUGCAACGAGUUUCUGAAGAUGUGCAGUUUGGUGUUAAAGUGUCGGUGAAAUCGGAGCAACUUCGCGUAUCUAUGAUUUCCUUUCCGUUCCUUCAUCGCACUUUGUCUUACGAAAAAUCCGCACGAACGAUGUCAUAGUCGUCCAAGUGCGAAUUAUUUUCACGUUGGACACAAUGGCACUGUUGUUCGUCAUAAUCGUCGUUUCGAUCACCACUGCCAUGUCGCUUCCGCCGGUUAUUAGAAUCGGAGCGAUCUUCACCGAGGAUCAGAAGGAUAGUCCGUCGGAGUUGGCAUUCAAAUACGCCAUUUACAAAAUCAACAAGGAUAAGACUCUAUUGGCGAACACGACAUUGGUUUACGAUAUCCAAUAUGUGCCUAAAGAUGAUUCGUUUCGCACGUCCAAGAAAGCCUGCAAGCAAUUAUCCAGAUCGGUACAAGGCAUCUUCGGACCGUCUGAUCCACUUUUAGGUGCUCAUAUACAAAGUAUAUGUGAAGCAUUGGACGUUCCUCACCUUGAAGCGAGGGUCGAUUUCGAGCCUACUUUCAAGGAGUUCAGCAUUAACUUAUAUCCCGCACAAGAUCAUCUUAACAAAGCAUUCAAGGACCUUAUUUCCUUUCUAAAUUGGACUAGAGUGGCUAUUAUCUAUGAAGAAGAUUAUGGGCUGUUCAAACUGCAGGAUCUCGUAAAAUCCCCGCCAUCCGUGAGAACUGAAAUGUACAUUCGUCAGGCGGGCCCUACAUCCUACAGGCAGGUCCUGCGGGAGGUCAGACACAAAGAGAUCUUCAAGUUGAUUGUUGACACAGAUCCGGCGCACAUGCAGCAAUUCUUCCGAGCAAUAUUGCAACUGCAAAUGAAUGACUACAGAUACCACUACAUGUUCACAACCUUUGAUAUAGAAACGUUUUAUCUAGAAAAUUUCAAAUAUAAUAGCGUGAACAUGACGGCCUUUCGCUUAGUGGAUCUCGAAGAGUCUAAAGUUGCUGAAAUACUCAAGCAAAUGGAACGUUUCCAACCAGCGAUUGGACAUGCCAUUCUGAACAAAACGGGGGUCAUUCAGGCAGAACCAGCUUUGGUGUACGACAGCGUGCAGGUUUUCGCGCACGGUUUGGCAGCUCUGGACCGUAGUCACGAUUUAAGACCAGCAAAUCUGUCCUGUGAGAAAGAGGAACCAUGGGACGACGGUUUAUCACUCUACAACUAUAUUAAUGCCGCAGGUUUACAUGGAUUAACCGGACGUAUUGAAUUCAAUGAAGGAAAGAGAAACAAUUUCAAGUUGGAUCUCUUAAAACUGAAAAAAGAGGAGCUUGUUAAAGUCGGCGAGUGGAAAUCCGGGUCUGGCAUUAACGUCACGGAUCUAGACGCCUUUUACGAGACCACGACGACCAACAUUACGCUCGUGGUGAUGACGAGAGAGGAAAGACCCUACGUCAUGGUAAAAGAAGACAAGAAUUUGACUGGUAACGCGAGGUUCGAAGGCUUCUGCAUCGAUUUGCUCAAGUCGGUAGCCAACCAAGUCGGUUUCCAAUACGCAAUCAAAUUGGUGCCCGAUCACAUGUAUGGGGUGUACGAUCCCGAGACGAAAGAGUGGAACGGAAUCGUGCGUGAACUAAUGGAUAAGAGAGCGGAUCUGGCAGUUGCUUCCAUGACGAUUAAUUAUGCUAGGGAAAGCGUAAUAGACUUCACAAAGCCGUUUAUGAAUCUCGGAAUUGGAAUUUUAUUUAAGGUGCCGUCCAGUCAGCCGACACGGCUUUUCUCCUUCAUGAAUCCGCUGGCGGUCGAGAUCUGGCUCUACGUGCUCGCCGCCUACAUGCUAGUGAGCUUCACCCUCUUCGUGAUGGCACGCUUCAGCCCGUACGAGUGGAACAAUCCGCAUCCGUGUCUGGCCGAGAGCGACGUGGUAGAGAAUCAGUUUACCGUCAGCAACAGUUUCUGGUUCAUCACCGGUACCUUCCUCAGACAAGGCAGCGGGCUCAACCCUAAGGUAACCAAACGCACGCCACCGCGGCUCUUCUCGUUCAUGACUCCCCUCGCCAUGGAGAUCUGGUUGUUCUUGCUAGGCGCUUACGUGGUGGUGUCCUUAACGAUAUGGAUAGUGGCAAGAUUCUCGCCCUUCGAGUGGGUGGAGCCGUCUCCCUGCCCAAGCUGCAAAUGUCCUUUGCAGGGCAGUCACGUGAGCGCCUUGGAUCCGGACAGCGACGACAUUCCUCUACUGAGAACUGUCAACGAGUUCAGCCUGGCCAACAGUUUUUGGUUUACGGUCGGCACACUUAUGCAACAGGGCAGCGACCUCAACCCUAAGGCAACUAGUACGAGAAUAGUAGGCGGCAUUUGGUGGUUCUUCACGCUAAUCAUCAUCUCCUCCUAUACUGCAAAUCUGGCUGCUUUUCUAACGGUGGAGAGGAUGAUAACGCCGAUCGAGAAUGUCGCUGAUCUCGCGGAACAAACCGAGAUAUCUUAUGGCACUUUAGAAGGCGGAAGUACGAAGACGUUCUUCAGAGAUUCAAAAAUCGGGAUCUAUCAAAAAAUGUGGAGAUUUAUGGAAUCAAAGAGUCCAUCUGUGUUCGUUCAAACCUACGAAGAAGGAGUGAAAAGGGUUCUGGAAGGCGACUAUGCAUUUUUAAUGGAGUCGACUAUGCUCGAUUACGCAGUUCACCGUGAUUGUAAUCUAACACAAAUAGGGGGAUUGUUAGAUAGCAAAGGAUAUGGAAUUGCUACUCCAAAAGGUUCGCCCUGGAGGGAUAAAAUAUCUCUAGUUAUACUGGAGCUACAGGAAAAAGGUGUAAUACAGAUCCUCUAUGAUAAAUGGUGGAAGAAUACGGGUGACGUAUGCAACAGAGAUGACAAGAAUAAAGAGAGCAAAGCUAAUGCCCUUGGAGUUGAAAAUAUUGGCGGUGUCUUCGUUGUACUGCUCUGCGGCCUGGCGCUAGCAAUCCUGGUGGCAAUCCUCGAGUUCUGUUGGAACUCCAAAAAGAAUGCCCAAUCGGACAGGUCUCUCUGCGCCGAGAUGGCCUCGGAAUUGCGAUUUGCUGUCCGCUGCGGCUCCAGGCAGAGGCCCGCUGCGAAAUCGCGCAAUUCCGCGGCCGCCGGGCUGUGCGGCCGUUGCAGCCCGCGCUCUUCCAGGAGAAGGACGCGACUCUGCUCCUCCGAACACGAGGAAACGACCUACAUACCGAGCAUCGAGAUCCCGCGAUUAAAUGCAGGAGGGUGGUGCGUUGUCGAUGACGGAGAUGAAGAAAUCAUUGAGCUUCGAUCAAGUGUCCCAUGGCGGGAACACCUAGCACAGGCUUCGUCCUCAUCUUCGUCCUCAACAGCAGCAGCAACAGCAGCAGCAAUCACAACAACAGCAACCGCCACCGUGCAAAGCCACCCCCACGCACACGCGUCACACGCACUGCCACUCACAUUCACAUCUUCACAGCCAUCACUCGCACAAACACCAAGCACCUCCGCCGAGACAGAGACGGGGCUCUUCGGGCAUCAUCUUGGGUCAAGGAGGUGACCACCCUGAGAAUAUUCUCUGGAGAUUCGACUGCGAUCUAGCGGGUGAACCAGACGUAGUAAUUUCCCCG